AUGAUAAUCGUAGUCAGUGUUACUCUAAAAAGAGACACUAUCGAAACUGGUUCAACGUCGAGAUCAUCGUCAAGAAUGGACAUUGACCAACGUUUACAAUACCUUUUAUAUUGUACCAAUUAUUUCAUUGCAAAUAAAAUGAAAAAGGAAAGAGAAAGUAAUGGAGACGUAGUUACGAAUGACAAACCACCAGUGACGACCGAACAUAAUGGUAAUAACAACUAUUACACAACGGCAAACAUUAAUAACAACUUGAUCAUCUAUGAAAUACUCAAAGUGAUCCAUGAUUUGAAUAUUACCAAAUCCAAACCAAUUCUGUGCAAGUCGAUCCAAGAGAUUAUAAAGUCAAUCUCGAGUGACCAACAUAUUGGAAAGGAUAAAAUCAUAUCACAAUUUAAAGUAAUUAGUGAUGAUGAUUACCAUACCUUUUACAUCCAACUAUGUCAAUAUGGAACACUUGACAUGAUCCAAUUAUUCCAUCAAAUGAAACAAGAAGAGACAAGUACCACAUCACAUGUUGAUACAUCGAAUGAUCAUGGAUUGGUUGCCGGACCCAAGAGAAUUGUGGCAUCAGCGUCAUCAGCAUUGCUGUUGGAUAAUGGAGUGUUAUUCAACUAUGUGUUAAAUAGAGGUGAUAUGGAUACUAUUAGGUAUCUUAAGGAUAUUGGAUUAAACACAAAGUAUAGUGUCAAUAAUCGUGGCGACGAUCCAAUAGUCCCCAAGACAAUGGAGAUAUUAGAGUAUAUUUAUCAACUCGACAGACAUUUACAUCGAGUGAUUGUACAUCCACUCUUUCACGACAAGUAUCAAUUACCACCAUGUCUCUCAUCAGAUAUGGUGCGGUUCAUAUACGACCACAUUGAACUUGAGGAAAAGGUGUUAUUGUACAGAGACUUUUUACAUCGAUCGAUUGUACUCAACGACUAUAAGUUGUUUGACCACAUGUUGAAUGGCGACCAAGCCUUGUUGGAGCAUUCACCACUACUGGUGCAGCAGCAACUCGAAACACUAGUCUAUAGUAUCAUUGUACACGACCGGUCUCGUUUAAUGGUACGAUCAAUCAUGUCACACAAGAUGCCACUCCAAUUACAACAACUUGAAGAGUCUGUGUGGAAGUUGGUUGGUGAGACUGGUGACAUUGAAAUAUUUGAUUGGAUCAUUCGAGAUAACCAACUAGUGUCUAUUAUCGGCCAACCGGAUCUCAACACCCGUAUGCAUGUAUGUCUGCGCGAGGCAUAUGCUAAUGGUCAAGUCGAAUUCAUUCAACACCUCUAUAGCAAGUUGACACCCCAUCUCCAAGACGAGGAUAUCAAACACCAUACCUACCUUUUAUCGUCGAUUGCCAACCAUCACGUCUCUAUUCUUGUAUUUCUACACCAACACUAUCCAUUAUUAUUUGAAUCACUAAAGCAAGAGAUUCUAAUUGAAUCUAUUAAAAGUAACUCGAUCGCCAUGGUCGAGUUUACUUUGGGGACGUCGUCCAAGUCAGACUUGAUGUUGGACCAACUCGAACCACUCCACGAUCAAAUCAUGGAAUCACUCAUCCGUACAAAAUCACACGCAAUGAUAAAGUUUCUUCAUACAAAAGGGUUUGGUAUUCAAUCCCAAAAACUAAUGGCCUUGUCACCUGUUAAAAGAAAUCCUUCCCUAUUCCAAUUAUUUAAUAAUUUAAAUAACCUAAAUUUAAAUAAAUAA